AUGCCUGCCGUCCUCGAAUCUGAGGGUAAAACUGGAUCUGACCGCUCCAGACUCAACCUAAUCUCUGGGUCCAACCACGAUAAAGGGGAGGGAGGGAGGGAGGGGAAGCGAGGGAGAGAGAGGAGGGGAAAGGGAUGUGUUAGGAGGGGAAGAGAGGGUGGAAGGGAGGGAAGAGGGAGGGAGGUGGAAGGAGAGGGGAGAGCGAAAGGGAGGGAAAAGGUGGGAGAGAGAGGUGCAAGAGAAGAGGGGGAGGGAGAGAGGCAGGGGAGGGAGGGAGAGAACUGGGAGAGACAGCAAGAGAGAGCAGGGGGAGAGAAAGGCAAGAGAGAGAGGGGGAGGGAAGGAGGAGAGGGAGAGAGGGUGGAAAGAGGAGAGAUGGACCCAGCCACGGGAUGGGAGAGCCCAGGACCAACUGAUGGAUCCAGACAGCGGAGAGCCACACCAACAUUGAUGCAUGGACAACACACACGAAUGAGGAAUGACAGAAAAGAAAAAGAACGGAUACACGGAGACAUGGACUUGAAACCUGAAGGACACAGCACAGAAGCCACGGACUGA